AUGUCAAAGUUUCUGCAGACAUGUGACGAUGAUCCUAUCGUAGUAGUUGGAGGAGGAAUUAGUGCCUCCACUUUCGUGGAGCACGUCAGACUGAAUGGAAGCAAAAAUCAACUUAUCAUGGUCACCAACGAAAAUGUACAGCCGUAUGAUCGUGUUUUGCUGACAAAGAGGCCAUCAUCUGAAGCCAAGGAUAUACGAUUCCGAAGUGAUGAUUUCUACAGCGACAACCACAUUCUGAUCAUGAUGGGCACCAAGGUCGGUGGAAUUGACACCAAUAGGCACAGCGUUGCUAUGUCCACUGGGAAGAGGUGGCGGUACAGUAAACUUGUGUUGGCUCUCGGUGUUGUACCAAAAAAGCUGAAUGUCCCUGGAGCAGACUUGAAGCAGAACAACAGUGCGGUGUUAGGUACUGUUGUAACUUGCCUACUCUUCAUUGAGCGUACAAUUGCAAACUUGUUUGUAAAUUCACACUGGCCUUUGGAUAUGAGAGAAAAGGUGCCAGGUGACUCUCUAGUGAAGAACACGCGAAGGAAACAGUCGGAAAUGCUCACAGUGAGAUCUUACUGUAUUGGACGCGGUAGGGCAUACGGCAAAGAGGCGCUGAGCGUGCAAAAGGGAAUACCGCGACGAAAUGACGAGGGACUAGACUCUAGGUAG